GUCAUGCUACAGCGCAACCCAGCUGAGUCACGUGACGCAGAAGCAACACUUCCCGUCUGUCUCAGCAUGUUCAGCAAAUCAUGUUUGUGUAUAAAUGAGACAAGAUACUGUAGGUCAGUGAGUCCGGAGGAAGCGACAAGUGUCAGUGGCGUUAUUCCAAGUUAAAGGGCACUUCCAACUGUUAAAGGACCAUGACGAGUGCAAGGAAAUAUGAUGCAGAGGAAAUGGGCAGCGAUCUAUCAGAGCGGAUUAAAGCAGCCACGAAGGACAACCAUGUGAGAGCUGAAAACACACAACUGAUGCUGAGUUACCAAAAGGGGAAGAUCACCCUGCCUCAGUACAAGCUUCUGCUGUGUUCCCUCUACGAGAUCUACAAGGUGCUAGAAGAGGAGCUGGAUAAGAAUUCUGACCACCCAGCAGUCGCGCCGAUAUACUUCCCUCAGGAGCUUGCUCGUCUGGAAUGUCUGGAGAGCGACAUGGAGCAUUUUUUGGGCCCUGACUGGAGAGGGAAGGUGAUUGUUCCCGCGGCCACAUACAUGUACACCCGGAGGCUACAGGAGAUUGGUCAAGAGAAUCCAGUGCUGCUUGUGGCUCACGCUUACACCAGAUAUCUUGGAGAUCUGUCUGGAGGACAAGUGUUGGGGAAAAUUACCCAGAAAUCCCUUGGUCUGUCGGGCAAAGAAGGGCUUUCGUUUUUCUCCUUCCCUGGUGUGAGCAGCCCUAACCGCUUCAAGCAGAUGUACAGGAGCCGCAUGAACAGCAUCGACCUGACCGAGGAGGAGAAGGUGGCGGUGUUGCAGGAGGCGGUCGCUGCCUUUGAGUUCAACACACAGGUUUUUGAUGACUUGCAGAAGCUUUUGGGUGUCGCAACACUGACAGGACAAUCAAAGAUCAACAAUGCCAACUUCCCAUUUCUUCCCAUCGUCCAGUUCACUGUGGGACUGUGUGUCUUAAUGGCUACUAUAGGAAUGGUAAUGCGGGUGUUGUAGUAUUACUUCAUCAGUGGCCAUUAAUUCAUCAGAAUUUGGUAAACAUUCAUAAAGAAGAGACAAUACAGGUCAAAUGUACAGCAUGCAUGAACCACUGUUAAAAAGUCUCAGAUUUUCACAUUUACGUUCUUAAGUGAUACAGUCGUCCCUCGCAAUGUCACGGUUUGAUUAUUGCGCCGUCGCUAUGGCACAUUUUUUCAGAAAUGAAUGAAUAAAUGACUGUUUCAUGGUAGAUUGUGGUCUAUUAUUAGUCGAAACAUAUUGAAAUACAAAUGAUAUUUAGUAUUCUGGUCACUAGGCAACAGUAAUGACACAAAACAUUGACACAUUACCUUACCUUUCAUUACCUUAACACUGCAUGAAGUCAGCCAUGGCAUGCCUGACAUGAUAGUGAAAAAUGUUCUCCUCCCAUUCCAUGUGGAAGUGGUGAGUUAUUUGCUUCUUAAGUUCAGAAGAAGUAAAUUCUAGGAAAACUGGUUAGCUCGCAAGCUAGCGGCCAUCUCGAGUCCCUGCAGCAUAAAAGUGUGAUGUGAUGUGAUAAAACCUUGCAUAAUAGGAGUGAAUAAUGUUAAAAGCCGUAUUGUUAAAAGUCAUAAACAGGUUUUCUAUGUUCUAACUCGGAAAAUAUGCCAUUUAUUAACAUUGAAUCCUGUAUCGCAGAAAUGUAUUUAUGGCGGUCUGGUCUGGAACCAAUUAACAGUUGUAAACAAGGGACGACUGUCAUGUUUUCAUCCCGUGUUGAGAUUUUUCAUUGUUCUUGAAUGCACCAUAGUUGUGAGCCAUGACCAGCACCACCAACAUGAUUCAGAUUCCGUCUGUUCAUUGAUCAUCUCUCACAUUACCAUUCAUAAACGGAGAGUACCUGUGUGAGUGAGUGUGUGAGGCUUAAACCUGGAUUCUGUCAAGGGCGAACAAUGGCAAGUGAAGAGAGAAGAGGAAGGGUUCUGGAACUGAACCUAUUCUAAUCCUUGAAUUACAACAAUCACUGUCAUUGCGA